AUUGACCUAAUAAUAACAGGUUUAACCAUCAUUCUAAUACAUAUAAGAAACUUUAUAUAUUUAUUUUUUAGAUGUUAACAAUAUUUUGGAAUUUUCGUUUUGUUAUUAUGUGUCUCGUGUCUUUCUAUGUAUUUCCAGUUCCGGUCUUUUGUGGACGAUUGUCGGGUGUCGGCGUAUUUUCGUCGUCGGCCAUUGUCAAUGAAUGUACCGUUUAUGCUUGAAAAUUAACGCAACAUGAGUUUGUCAGCAACUCGUCCACUGAUAAGCAUCUACAAUGACAAGAAUGAAGCCACCGGGAACACGGUUGCCCUUCCGGCAGUCUUCAGGGCCCCCAUCCGCCCGGAUGUGGUCAACUUUGUCCAUGACCAGAUGGCCAAGAACCAUCGCCAGCCGUACUGCGUGAACAAGGAUGCAGGUCACCAGACGAGCGCGGAGUCGUGGGGCACGGGGCGUGCCGUGGCCCGUAUCCCCCGAGUGCGCGGCGGAGGAACCCACCGCUCCGGCCAGGGUGCGUUCGGCAACAUGUGCCGCGGGGGGCGCAUGUUCGCGCCCACGAAGCAGUGGCGCCGUUGGCACCGCAAGAUAAACGUCAACCAGAAGCGCUACGCCAUGGUGUCUGCCAUCGCUGCGUCCGGCGUCCCUGCGCUCGUCAUGUCCAAAGGCCAUAUGGUGCAGGAUAUUCCAGAGAUGCCUCUUGUUGUCGACGACAAAGUUCAAGAAUAUAACAAAACAAAGCAGGCUGUUAUAUUUUUGCGUCGCAUCAAGGCUUGGGCAGACAUACAGAAGGUGUACAAGUCAAGGAGAUUCCGUGCCGGAAAAGGAAAGAUGCGUAAUCGUCGCCGCAUACAGAGACGUGGCCCUCUUAUCAUUUAUGAUCAAGAUCAGGGGCUGACCAAGGCGUUCCGGAACAUCCCCGGGGUGGACCUGAUCCAUGUGAACAAGCUGAACCUGCUGAAGCUGGCGCCGGGCGGCCACGUGGGGCGCUUCGUGAUCUGGACGCAGUCGGCCUUCGCCAAGCUGGACGACCUGUACGGCUCGUGGCGCAAGGCCGCCAAGCUCAAGAAGGGCUACAACCUGCCGCAGCCCAAGAUGGCCAGCACCGACCUGGCGCGCCUGCUGCGCGCCGACGAGAUCAGGAACGUGCUGCGCCAGCCCAGGAAGGUCGUACGGCGCAGCGUGAAGAAGCUGAACCCGCUGCGCAACACGCGCGCCAUGCUCAAGCUCAACCCGUACGCGGCCGUGCUCAAGAGGAAGGCCAUCCUGACCUCCCUCAAGGCGAAGCGGGCCCGCGACGAGAUCCUCGCCAAGAAGAGAGGCAUCACUCUACGCGUAGACAAACUGGCCAGGAUGGACUCUAAGACUCUCGGCAAGCGUAAGUAUGCUUUGGGCAAGCAGAAGGAAGUGAAGGCGAAGAAGCCCAAAGUGCCCAAGGCAGCCAAGGGCACAGAGGCCAAGAAGGUGUUGCCGAAGAAGGCAGCUGCCAAGAAGCAGCCGACAAAGCAGGAGCACAUCACGAAGCAGCGCUCCAAGAAGGAGUCUGCCAAGAAGGAAUCCGGCAAGAAGGAGCCCGCCAAGAAGGCUGAAGAAAAGGCACCAGAAAAGAAAUGAGAUGAAUGCUAUUGUUAAUGUGGAGAAAUAAAGAAAUGUAAAUGGUUGAA